GGAGCGCGCCAGUCGCAUUGCGAGCGGGCGCCAUGGUUCUGCUGCACGUGCUCUUCGAGCAUGCGGUCGGCUACGCGCUGCUGGCGCUGAAGGAAGUGGAGGAGAUCAGCCUGCUGCUGCCGCAGGUGGAAGAGUGUGUGCUCAACCUCGGCAAGUUCCACAACAUCGUUCGCCUGGUGGCCUUUUGUCCCUUUUCCUCGUCCCAGGUUGCCUUGGAAAAUGCCAAUGCUGUGUCUGAGGGUGUUGUUCAUGAGGACCUCCGCCUCCUCUUGGAGACAUACCUGCCAUCUAAAAAGAAGAAAGUACUGUUGGGGGUUGGAGACCCUAAGAUUGGAGCUGCGAUACAGGAGGAAUUAGGGUACAACUGCCAGACUGGAGGUGUGAUAGCCGAGAUCCUUCGAGGAGUUCGUCUUCACUUCCAUAAUCUGGUGAAGGGUCUGACUGACCUAUCAGCUUGUAAAGCCCAACUAGGGCUGGGACAUAGCUAUUCUCGUGCCAAAGUUAAGUUUAAUGUGAACCGGGUGGACAACAUGAUCAUCCAGUCCAUAAGUCUCCUAGACCAGCUGGAUAAAGACAUCAAUACGUUUUCUAUGCGAGUCAGGGAGUGGUAUGGAUAUCACUUUCCGGAGCUCAUAAAGAUCAUCAAUGACAAUGCCACAUACUGUCGCCUGGCCCAAUUCAUUGGAAACCGUAGAGAGUUGAAUGAGGAAAAGUUGGAGAAGCUUGAAGAGUUGACAAUGGAUGGGGCCAAAGCUAAGGCCAUUCUGGAUGCCUCUCGGUCUUCCAUGGGCAUGGACAUAUCUGCUAUCGACUUGAUAAACAUCGAGAGCUUCUCCAGUCGUGUGGUGUCUUUGUCAGAGUAUCGCCAGAGCCUACAUACUUACCUUCGCUCCAAGAUGAGCCAAGUAGCCCCCAGCCUGUCAGCCUUAAUUGGGGAAGCGGUAGGUGCACGUCUUAUUGCUCAUGCUGGCAGCCUCACCAACCUGGCCAAGUACCCAGCGUCCACAGUACAGAUCCUUGGGGCUGAAAAGGCCCUGUUCAGAGCCCUAAAGACAAGGGGUAACACACCAAAAUACGGACUCAUUUUCCAUUCCACCUUCAUUGGCCGAGCAGCUGCCAAGAACAAAGGCCGCAUCUCCCGAUAUCUAGCAAACAAAUGCAGUAUUGCGUCGCGGAUUGAUUGCUUCUCUGAGGUGCCUACAAGUGUAUUCGGGGAGAAGCUCCGAGAGCAAGUUGAGGAGCGGCUAUCUUUCUAUGAGACUGGAGAAAUUCCACGGAAAAACCUAGAAGUCAUGAAGGAAGCAAUGGUUCAGGCAGAGGAAGUAGCUGCUGAGAUUACCAGGAAGCUGGAAAAACAGGAAAAGAAACGCUUGAAGAAGGAAAAGAAGCGACUAGCUGCACUGGCUCUGGCCUCGUCAGAAAACAGUAGUGCUCCAGAGGAAUGUGAGGUCAGUCAGCAACAGGAAACAUGUGAAAAACCGAAAAAGAGGAAAAAACCAAAGCCCCAGGAGGCGCCUCAGGAAAACGGAAUGGAAGAAGAGCCACCUGUUUCUUCCCCUAAACGAAAGAAAAAGAAAGCUCUCUCCAAGGAGGUGCUGGUUAGUGGUCCUGAGGACAGCGCUUCUGCCAGCACAAGCCUUCCUAGUCCUAAAAGGAAGAAGUCUGCACCUCAGGAGGAAAUGGCCCCCGAAGAGGCAGCAAACAUGAGUGUCCCCAAGAAAAAAAGGAAAUUUUCUUCCAAGGAGGAGCCAGCUAGCAGUGGGCCUGAAGCUACUGCUGACAAGAGUGGCACAAAGAAAAAGAGAAAGUUCCAGAAAACACCUCAGGAGGACUAGAAUGGUGGACAUUUCUUGAGGGGAGGGGCAUAGCUAAGGGUACUGUCCCAACCCAUAUAAACCCCAAUAAAAAAAUCUGCAAAAAUUGGUUGUUUGUUUAUUGAAUGCUUUACAUAGGUAUGGGUAGGGACUUAGGACAGGGCAGCAGUGACGGCUUCGGUGAAGUCAUGACAAGUGGCAUAACCUCCCAUGUCAGAGGUUCGAACCUGUGGGGAAAAGUUGCCAUCAUCCUGUGGCCUGGACCCCAACCCAAACCACCCAGCACAGACUGAGAUUCCCCUUCUGGAAGCUACUUCCAUGACAACCUAGCUU